AUGAGUAAUAACACACCGCAAUUAUUGCUACUAAAAGAUAUAUUAAAAGAUUCGGCCUCUUCAAAAUUUACAUCUUUUACAGCUGUUAAUCGCAACAAGUUAAAACCAGAUUUACUUAUUCCAACGGCAACAAAAGCUAUUGAUAUUUAUGAGAAUGAAGAUGACGAAAAAACAUGGAAGAAAGUAUUCCACACACCAAGGAUGGUUUCUAAAGAUGCUCAAUAUGCAUUCACUGUACCUGAAAGGAGAUUGCAUUAUAAGUCUAUACUAAGUUCCCCAAAGAGCUUCCAAAAGUUUGGAAUUGAUCCAAAAAAUAAGGAGAAUUUAGAUUUUCUUAAUGGUACCCGUUUAUUUUAUGAUAAAGAUAAUGGUAUUUUCCCAUAUAGUAUGGCAUAUGCUGGCUUUCAAUUCGGUACAUUUGCUGGCCAAUUGGGUGACGGUAGGGUUGUUAAUUUGUUCGACUUGCCAUGCACUGUUGAUGGUACUAGAUACACAUUUCAAAUUAAGGGUGCCGGCUUAACGCCAUUUAGCAGAUUUGCUGAUGGCAAAGCUGUACUAAGAUCUUCUAUUAGAGAGUUUAUUAUUUCAGAAGCAUUGCACCAUAUAGGCAUGCCAUCUACUAGGGCAAUUCAAUUGACUCUAUUACCAGGCACAAGGGCCAAAAGGGAAUUUUUUGAACCAUGUGCACAGGUUACCCGAUAUUCACAAAGCUGGAUUAGAAUGGGAAAUUUUGAUUUACUUAGAUGGAGAAAUGAUAUCGAAGGCUUAAUUAACCUAAGUGAUUAUGUAAUCAACAAUGACUUAGAAAAAACACAUGAUAGGUUCCCCAGUUCUGGGUUGCCUCCAUUACAACUAUUUACCAAAGAUUACUUCCCUGACAUAAAUGAUGGAAAGGAAAAUGACGAUGAUACCAGUGUUAUGGAUUUUAAAAUCAAUAAACUCACAAAAUAUGAUAAUAUGUUCAGAAAAAUAUCGUUUUUAAAUGCACAAUGUGUAGCCUAUUGGCAAGCUUAUGGAUUUUUGAAUGGCGUUUUAAAUACCGACAACACUUCGAUAAUAGGUCUUUCCAUGGAUUUUGGCCCCUUUAGUUUUAUGGAUAAGUUUGAUCCACGCUAUACACCAAACCAUGAUGAUGUGCAACUUAGGUAUUCAUAUGCAAACCAACCGGGUGCUGUCUGGUGGAAUUUGACCAAAUUGGGUGACAGUUUGUCCCCCUUGUUGGGUUGUGGUCCAAAAUAUAUAAAAGAUUUACUAGAAAAAAAAUCCUUAUUUUUUGACGACCACCAUGCUGAAAAGGAGGAAUAUAUUGUUAAAAGGGCUGGUAAUAUGAUUAGUGUCAUUCAGAAUGAAUAUAAAUUUUGGUUUACUAUAUUUUUCACAAAAAUUUUUUGCCAAAGAAUCGGUAUUAAUCUUUUUGAUAAUAUUUCUGGUGAUAUUAAUAAACUGAAUAUCAACGAAAUUGUAGCCGAAGUGAAAAAUUUGCAGUCAAACGUGAUUCAACCAUUAUUAGAAUUCCUAUACACUUCACAACUAGAUUAUAAUUUUUUCUUCUUAAAUUUUCAAAGUUUUACGUCAAACGACUUUUUUAAACUGAAUGACGAUACCAAUAAUGGUACUAACAUUAAUCCCAAACUAACAAAGCUUUUAUUCAAAAAAAGCGAUAGUAACUCCGUCGAAUAUACACAUAAAUUUGAGAAAUUACAGAAAUUUUUAAAAGGUUACGCAGAAUAUAUAACUGCCAAAAAUAUCAGCCUUAAGUCUAGGAUUGAAGUUUCAUCUAAAGUUAAUCCAUUAUUUAUUCCAAGAAAUUUUAUUUUUGAUCAAGUAGUUAACGAUUUUUAUGAUAGGCAACGAAAGGAGUUGCAUAAUCCUAAUGCACAACUAGACACAUCAUUAUUGGAGAAAUUGUAUUUGAUGAGCGUAAAUCCAUAUGAUUCUAAUAAAUGGGAAAAUUCUACUUUACAUCCAGAGGUUGUUAAUGAUUGGACAGAAAAUGUACAAUUGAUGGAUCCAGCUGAGUUAAUGAAACAAUGUGGGUGUUCCAGCUAA